GAACUUGGACUGCCUGUCGUGAAAAGAAAAAGAAGAAGUAUUCUGCCCUUGACAACAACAAUGGCGACUGCCACAAAGAUUAUCCAGAGGCUCAGAAAUCUUUUAUCCGGGCAUGAUCUGCAAGCAAAGCUCCAGUUGCGUUACGGUGAGAUUGCAAAGAGGACCCAACCACCCCCCAAACUUCCAGUUGGUCCCAGUCACAAGUUUGCCUUCAAUUACUAUAAUGGCAGAGAUGGGCGUAGAGAGUCUGCACCAGCCACCAUCGUGAUGUCCAGUCAAAAAGCCCUCGCUGCUGGCCAAGCUCUGGAGGUGCCAGCAAAGCGUCCUGUCACACCUGGUAAUGUUCCCAGGGAGCUAACGCUGUCUACAGACCAGCCAUACCUCUGAACAACAACAUCAACAAAUUGUUUCUCUCCUGACUUACUUUAGGCCUGACAGCAGAGCACAAUGUUGCUCUCCCUAUUGUUCAAAACCUGUAAAAUAUCUAAGUGUUAAUAAAUGAUGUAAUGUUCAAUGA